ACCAUGGUCUGCGCAACGCCCCAUGAGAUCACGCGCGUAGAGAGCGUUCGCAGCCAGAUCUCCAUCAGUGUCGUGACUAAACACUACCAUCUCGCUCGUGCCAACUUCCAAGACCUCAACGACCACUUCAUCGUCGAUAUCGGCGGGUGCAGCCACCCCACUUGAUUAGUCUGCGGCGCGCUUUUUCCUGGCAUCAUCCACCAGUUGCGUCAGAGAUUUCUAGCAGGACCUGUAUCUCCACCACGCCUCGCAACACGUUCACUUUUCGCCAAACAUACUCUUGAGUAUGGAAGCGCGCGAGUCAUUACUGAACACUGCGGAGCCCAGAUCGACGUUCUUCAAGCCGUUUCGCUGACAAUACGACUUCCGCGUGGUGGCACCAUAGGACGCUAACACGAUAACUGCCUUACGGGACCUACAGAGUCCAGACUGAGCUCCAUCUGCGCACCUUGCAGGAAUGCAAAAAGCGUACGCGACAGCCUUGCUGCUGUCCUACGCUCCUAUUAGCCAUGUUUCCGGAUUUGGCACCAUCAACGAGCCUGCCAUCAUCGGCCAACAUUGCGAGCAUGAGCGCAUCACCAGAGCCGCAUUCGCCUGCCCAGCUGCGCGCCAAAUAUCGGACGGACGAUGCUUCGAAGAGCUGAGCUUGCACCAAUUGUCUGGAAGGUCGGACAUCUACGUCGGCCAGGGAUCAAAUGGAGCAGUCGGCGCACCAGACAUGCUGGACCCAGUACCAGAAGGACCCGAAGCUCACUGCGACAAUGCCGAUUUCCUGGACACUCAACUUUUCAACCUCAAUGUCGAAUAUCCAGUGACACGCCAAGAAGCUACAAACCAGCUGCAGAUAUGCGUCAGUCAUAUGAGGGGCAGGGUCGAAGAAGGUAUCGACGCGGCUGCCAGAAUCGUUGACGAUGGCGCACGUAUCAUCACCCCUGAAGUGGACAUCAGCACCCUAGAUUGCAGAUUUUCGUUUCCAGCUCUGCAGAUGCACGUCUUCGCAAGAGCGAAGUGCUCUGCCAUUGAAGGUUUUGGACGAGCAUUGCACGGCGUCCAGGACUUUUACGCACACAGCAAUUGGGCCGACGACGCGGAACCACCAUUCGGACCCAACAACCCGCCGGGACUGAAGCGGAUUGAUUCACCGGCUUUCUUAGAUCUUCGUGGCGAGAACGACAUCACUGAGCAGGUGCCGCACAAUUUGUCGACAGGAUGUUUUGGCGGGUUAUUCACAGAUGGACCAGUGGGGAAGGCAGGGCAUCCGCUUGAACCAGGCUCUAUUGACUGCACUGGACGCAUCACCCACCACACUCUUAACAAAGACAAUGGAGUCAUUGAUCAUGUCACGGGCAUCGUCAGCACUCCAGGCCCGAAUACCCCACGAAGCGACCUUCCUGGCAACUUCCAACGCGCUGUUACUGCAGCUAUCACAGACUCUCGUCGGCAGUGGCGCCACUUCAGAGAGGCAAUUAGACGCACGUACGGCACUGAGCGUGGCAACAUCAUGAUUUGCGCUCUUGUGCGCGACAAGCCUGCUACCGACUGCUACGGACGCCGUGUGGCCAUUUUGCGAGAUGUGGUGAAGACUGCGAACCGAAUUGCUGAGAUGCAGAUUCCUGUCCACAGGUGGUUGUUGGAAGAGCUUGCCAACAAGCCGCACGACGAAGGGCCAGGAGAAGGCUUAACAGAACAAAAUUCGACAAAAAGCAGAGGGUCAAGCGACGACUUGUACAGACUGCAUCCUGGCUUCGAAGUCGAUUGCGACACCCAAACUAGCCCCGACAUUGGUGCAGCAAUGGCCGAGCUGGUGAACCACUCUACGCCACUGCCGAAGAAUAAGACUGCAGUCGUAGCCUUGACAUGCGCACGCAACUCGAAUCUCGCGGAGCAAAUCGCACACGUCUGGCACGCCGGCGACAAGGGCAUGCGCAUGCACUUCGGUAUUCUCCCCAAGAAAGGCCAGCUCCCAUUCGGCCCGAGGCCGCGCGAGCAAACAAUAUUGACCGGCAAGAUCAGAGAAGAGGAUCUCAUCGCCGCCGUCCUGCGCACGGGCGGCACCUACAGCAUCCUGCACAAUCGCGAGGCCAUACCGCGCUUCGUCGACCACGUCAUCUCGCGGGGCCUGACCGAGUACGACAACUCGCGCGACACUGCCACGCUCCUCCCCGUCGGCCUCUCCAUCAGCGACUACGUGCAGCCCGAAUCAGAGCCGCGCCGCUUCUCAUUCGAUGCGAGCUACACCGACAACGUUGUCAUUGCCGUUGCGCCCAUGACGCCCAAGCUCGCGCUACACGUUACUCUGCGUCACGUCAGGAAGAACGUGGUCUUGAACGAACAGUACGUCGGGCGAGGUGGGAAUAGCACGUUCAGAGCGAAACUCGACAUCGACGAUGUGCCGAGGACAGACGCGUGGUUCGAGCUGGAGGUUGCGCAUGCAGAGGGAAGGGGCUUGGUGGGAAGUGGACUAUUCGAGGUCAGCAUCGAGUCGGAGAGUACGGGCGCAAAUGCGGAGUCGAGCGGGCAGCAUAGAUCCGACAAAGACGAGCAUGACGAGCUGUAAUUCUCUCCAGAGCUGUAGUCCGCGAGGCAUAGACUGUCCUGUUAGACCCUUAAAACGAUCUACUUUUCUUCUCAUGGUAAUGCCCAGAGUGGCAGUACAGUGAUCCAAUGGAGUACUCAUAUUUGCGGUUCGACAUCUGUUCGGUCGAUUCAAGAGCAGUAUUGAAUCGACAGGAGCAAUAAUAUUACCACCUACA